AUGUGUUCUCUAUCAGAUAAUAUGUCUGUUGAUAUUUCGAUUUUACCAGAUGAUAUCUUUGAACUUGUUGACUAUCGCUUUUACGAUUUUAUUCAAUCAACAGCAGGUGAUUCAUUAGCGAAAAUUUUAAAAAUACAAUUGAUCAAUUCUGUUACAAAAUUACUUAAUACGCCUGAUGUUUUUGCAUUUUUUCAGUAUGAUAUAAAAGAAACUGAUGUUAUUAAACUUGAAUCAUGCUACAUAUCUAAAUCAGGACAAGUUAUUGUAAAACCAGGUAUUCAAAGCGCGUUUUCAUUUCUUAUGAAGUUAUUGGAAAAAGGAUUAAAACAAAAACAAGAAACAGCAUUAAAUGAAAAGAGAGAGAAUUGUGGAAGUUAUUUAACUGAUGAUUUUCUGAAUAGUUAUCCAUUAUUAAAAUCGUUAAUUAAAUGGUAUCGUUUUACUGACUCAAAUGACGUGAAACAGUCAAAUCGAUUUUUAUUAUCAUUCAUCGAUAACUUAGUGAAUAAUCUCACACAAUCUCCAAAUAACUUUAAACAUAAUGAAUCGGUUAAAAGUUUUGCAAUGUGUUUAUAUAUUCUUGGUGGCAAACAAGUGUAUGAGUUUGUUCGUUUGAAUCUGUAUGGAUCUGUUCCUAGUUUAUCAACGCUUAGUGAAUUGAUUAAUAAUUCAGGAACCGUUUUUAGUGAAGCAGAAUUUAAUUUUGAAUCUCUGCGGCUAUGUCACUCAGAGUUUGGCUUUUGCUCUGAAGACACUACGGGAGUUAUUCGUAGAGUUGAAUACGAUUCUAAAACAAAUUCUUUCAUCGGAUUCGCCACACCAAUUGAUCAUGGUAUUCCAUCACCACGAUUCUAUCAAGCAAAUACAUUUGGUGAAUUAAAAGCAAUUUAUGAUAAUAAAGAAAUAGCUCCGUUACUAAAUGUCCACAUGUUUCAAGGAAUACCAACUGUAGAAAGUCAAUCAUGUAUUCCAAGACCAUUGUUGUUAUCUGCGUACGGUGUUGACAAUAAAAUCACCGCAGUAAAUGUAUUUCAUCGAUGGAUGCAUGUUUUCCAACAAUGUUUGAAGCAAAACGUCCGCAUUAUCGGUUUCGCUACAGAUGCGGAUAGGCGGUAUGUAAGUGCCAUGCGACUAGCCAGUGGUUUUUUCGCAUCUUCCUAUGACUUAAAAUGGGAUAAAAAUGAACAUGCAUUUAAAAUUAAUAUACCAACACAUUGGACUUGGUUUUUUCUUGGAGAGCAUCAGCUUUUCUUGUUUUUUCAGGAUCCGAUUCAUAUCGUAACAAAAUUGAGAAACAGGAUGCUGUCUUCUACAGCUGAUUUACGUAUUGGAACUGAUAAAAUCAAUAUAGCACACAUUGAAGCAUUGGUUAGUGAUGGGUGUCAUACAAAACUCGAUCAUGGUCUUACGAUAAGUGACAUUAACCCGAAAGAUAGACAGAAUUUUAACUCGUGCAUCAAGAUAAUAUCAGAGGAUGUAAUAAAACUUUUGGUUGAUCGUGAUGAGACGAAUGGAACCGUCAUUUACUUAACUUUAAUUAAAAUGAUAGUGAAUGCUUAUAUUAAUAGAGAAACAUCCGUUCGUGAACUGAUACUAAAACAUUUACCUAAACAGGCUUUAAUUAAUAUAAAUCUUUUCUCAUCGCAGCCAUGCGAAUCCGUUUUUCGUGCUGCACGAUUAUUAAGUGGUUCUUUCUCUACCAUGAUAAACUUUACUGUGAAAAAUUUUGUUCAACGUGCACAAAAAUUAUGCAUAUUAAAUCAAAUCAAGCACAAUCAACUGAAUAAUGGUUUGUCAUUUCCAGUCCAUCACAAGCAUAAACAUGAUGAUUUAUUGACAGUGGCAGAUAAUUUAGAUGAGAUAAAUACAUUGGAUCUUGAGCAAAUUAUGUCAGAUGCGUACGAACAAGCAGUCAAUAUCGUACAUCAUUCAAACAUGUUGCUAGAAUUAGAAGAAAAUGAUAUGAUUAAUUUGGAAAUUUUAAGUAAAUUUAUAUACAACAACUUAAAGAAGAGUUCAAAAAUGUUCGGCCAUUCAUCACAAGCAACAACGUAUAUCAAUGAAGAACUAGAAUCCGAUGAUGAUGGAGAAGAUGAGUUUUAUAAUCAGUUAUUGACUUUUGAAGACAGUAAUGAAAAUAAUGAAACAGAGGUAUUAAACACAACAAAAUCAAAUUUCUAUGGAAUUAAACUUGUUGAUUGUCUUAAUCCUGCUCUGAAACACUCGUAUUUUAGGAUCAAAUUAAAGGAAAAAACUAAAUAUCUUCAUAAACAAUCAGCAUGUUGGGUGUUAUCCAACACAAAAACAAAGUUAUCAAGUGAUCGUGUAUCUCGAGUAAUGCAACAAACGAGCAGUAUUAACUGA